AUGAGUCCCGUAAGUGUCCAAAACCUCAUCCAAAAUCAGGCUUUGCACAAACUCCUUAAUCAGUACCGCGUGCGCUCCGCAGCUGGGAGGCUUCGGGCGGUUUCUGCGCUCCGGAGAGUCCGGACAAGCGGCUCCAGGGCGCGUCAAGUUCCCCAACUGAGAGGCUCCGAGUCCCCGCGCAGCUACCUCCCAGAGUCCCUGCGUAUUUUGCGCACACGAGGUUUGGAUCUCCAGGCAGAAAGUCCAGAGGUAAAAGGUCUCAAGCCUCAGUCCGAGAGCCGCUUUCAGUUUCAGUGCAAAGUCUCAGAGAGGUGA